GUUGUGACGUCAUUGGGGCGCCGGGGCUGGAGUCCAGGACAAGCCUGCUAAGGUGUGCACUCUGGACAGCAUGAUGGUCUUCGGGCUCCGCGCGCGCACCUGCUGGGCUCUGCGGGCCUUCGCUGUUAGCAGGCGACCGCUGCGCUCCAGUUCGCGCACCCACGCUUUCGCCAAGGAGCUCUUCCUGGGCAGGAUCGAGAAGAAAGAGGUUUUCCCAUUUCCAGAAGUUAGCCAAGAUGAACUUAAUGAAAUCAAUCACUUUGUGGGACCCAUAGAAAAAUUCUUCACUGAAGAGGUGGACUCUCGAAAAAUUGACCAAGAGGGAAAAAUCCCAACAGAAACAUUGGAGAAACUGAAGAGCCUGGGGCUUUUUGGGAUGCAAGUCCCAGAAGAAUAUGGCGGCCUGGGCCUCUCCAACACCAUGUAUGCAAGGCUAGGGGAGAUUGUCAGCCUGGAUGGGUCAAUCGCUGUGACCCUGGCAGCACACCAGGCCAUCGGCCUCAAGGGGAUCAUCUUGGCCGGCAGUGAAGAGCAGAAGGCCAAAUAUCUGCCCAAACUGGCAUCAGGAGAACACAUUGCUGCCUUCUGCCUGACGGAGCCAGCCAGUGGGAGCGAUGCUGCCUCCAUCCGGACUAGAGCCUCUCUAAGUGAAGAUAAGAAACACUAUAUCUUGAACGGCUCCAAGGUCUGGAUCACCAAUGGAGGACUUGCCAAUAUUUUUACCGUGUUUGCUAAGACCAAUGUUGUUGAUUCCGAUGGCUCAGUAAAAGACAAAAUGACAGCAUUUAUAGUAGAGAGAGAUUUUGGUGGAGUCACUAAUGGGAAGCCUGAGGAUAAGUUAGGCAUCCGUGGCUCAAACACCUGUGAAGUCCAUUUUGAAAACACCAAGGUGCCCAUUGAAAAUGUCCUAGGAGAAGUUGGAGGUGGGUUUAAGGUGGCCAUGAACAUCCUCAACAGUGGGCGGUUCAGCAUGGGCAGCGCUGUGGCUGGGAUGCUCAAGAAAUUAAUCGAAAUGACUGCAGAAUAUGCCUGCACGAGGAAGCAGUUCAACAGGAGCCUCAGUGAAUUUGGAUUAAUUCAGGAAAAGUUUGCCUUGAUGGCGCAGAAGGCUUAUGUAAUGGAAAGUAUGGCCUACCUCACUGCAGGGAUGCUGGACCAACCAGGGUUUCCUGACUGUUCCAUCGAGGCUGCCAUGGUGAAGGUGUUCAGCUCAGAGGCUGCCUGGCAGUGCGUGAGUGAGGCGCUGCAGAUCCUCGGGGGCUCCGGCUACAUGAGGGACUACCCAUACGAGCGCAUGCUACGUGACACCCGCAUCCUGCUCAUCUUUGAGGGAACCAAUGAAAUUCUCCGGAUGUACAUUGCCCUGACAGGCCUGCAGCACGCCGGACGCAUCCUGACAGCAAGGAUCAACGAGCUUAAGCGGGGCAAUGUGACCACUGUCCUGGAGACCGUUGGCCGGAGGCUUCGGGACUCCUUUGGCCGAACCGUGGACCUGGGACUGACAGGGGACCUUGGAGUCGUGCACCCCAGUGUUGCGGACAGCGCCAACAAGCUCGAGGAGAACGUGUAUUACUUUGGCCGCACUGUGGAGACGUUGCUGCUCCGCUUUGGCAAGACCAUUGUGGAGGAGCAGAUGGUCUUGAAGCGGGUGGCCAACAUCCUCAUCAACCUGUACGGCAUGACAGCUGUGCUGUCUCGGGCCAGCCGCUCUAUGCGAGCAGGACUCCGGAACCAUGACCAUGAGGUUCUGUUGGCCAACAUCUUCUGCACAGAAGCUUAUUGCCAGAAUCUCUUCACCUUAUCUCAGCUGGACAAGUAUUCUCCAGAAAAUCUAGAUGAACAGAUCAAGAAAGUGUCCCAGCAGGUCCUAGAGAGGCGAGCAUACAUUUGUGCCCACCCUUUGGACCGGACGUCCUGAAGCAGAGAGACAGUGGUCACUGUUGCCGCCAGCCGUCAGGCCACAGCCUAUUGCUAGACAAUUCGCCUUUUCCAGAAGGUGUUGGGCUUGGGGUUAUUUUAAGUCGAACUUUCUUCCCAGUCUUCACCUGAAGGUCUUUCUCUUACCUUGGGGAAGCCUCUUCUAGGCUUGAUCUGUGAGCACUGCUGCCUAACAUGAUCAUCCCAGGUUCUAAAGGGAGAUGAAUAGAGAGAGAAUGGAGUUGCUGAGACCUGGAAUUAGAGCAUACGCUAUUAGUUUAGGAGAAUUCAGAAUGGAAACGGGGGCUCUUGCUGCUGCCUCUGUGGCAUGAGCCUGUGGGGAUCUGUUUUGGGCGUGGACGGCCAUUUCUACUAGAUUACACCUUUCCCAAGAAAUAGCUUGAAAGCUGUGUAUGUGUCGUUCAUUCAGACUAGAAGGAAAAUAUACUU